AUGGACAUCGAAGGUGCUGCCAGCAACGGAAGGCGACGAAGAAGAGCGAGAGCAAACGAUACACCCAGCGGUAUCCAGUGUAGUCCUGUUCCAAAUGGGGACUACUUUGACGAUUCUGAUGAAGAGAAGGACAAAACAUACGAUGGUGCAUGCGCCAUGGGCCAGUUCUUUCUGAAUCCUUGCUUGUGUAUCUUUAUGAGUGUCCGCUAUCUACGCCGUCGUUGUUCCCACCGGAAAAAUCAGUCAUCGCAUCAGGCCAUAUCGAAAGAAGUUGAAAUCUGGGAUGUCUUAUACAUCAUUGUUGGAACAAUUUUGGUAUAUUUCUGUCUACUUUUCUUUGCAAGACGACGACGACAUGGUGGUUCAAGUAUACGUCCAGCAACAGAUUCCGACCUCGGUCGCAUGAAUAUCCGAAUUCCAAAUCUAGAUAUAGGAGCCUCAAAGAUAGACGUUGGUGGGUGGUUGUUUUUUCGGCAAUUUGCGAUGCCUAGCACGCCAAUUGACCCAACGCAACCAAAUCGACUGUUCGAUUUUGAAGGCAAAUUUGGCGAUGCACGAAAAAUCCUGUCAUCAGAUGAAAAAGCUGCAAAGAAGAAUUGGAAUGAAAAAAUUCUGAGCAAGAAAUCGCUGCGGAAAUACUACGAAUUCAGUGCGGAUUUGGAAGAUCAGGAGAAUGAAUGCAGAAGACCAAACUGGACACAUCUCUACAAACCAAAUUGCAACAGCAUGCACGAGAUUGAUAUCUUGGCCGACUUUCCAUCAGGUAGAACAAGACUGAAAGAUUUUCAAGAUCUUGAUUCGUUCUACAUCAGUCAUGGCUACUUUCGUGAUGUUUGGGUUGUGGAUAGCCAAGAUCGAGGUGAGAAGACCAUCUUGAAAGUCUCUCGAUGGCGACACGACUAUGGGGUCGAUUUGCUCCACGAGAUCAUGCGUGACGCUUUGAUCAUGGAAAGAAUGUCAAUGUCACCGAGAAUAGUUGACAUGUAUGGUCAUUGUGGUAGCGCCGUUCAAGUAGAGGCAAUUCCUUACGAGAUCGAAGAGGUUAUAGUACCAGGAGAUGGCUACGCCAAAGCGGGAGACUUGCGUGACGAGUUAGAUGUUAGACCCCAGAAUCAAUAUACCGCAACCGAGAAAUUGGAAAUGGCACUGGAAAUGGCAGAGUCUCUGGCCGAUUUGCACGGCUUUGCAGAUGGUAUUAUUGUUCAUGACGAUGUUCAGCUUUGUCAGUGGCUACGAACGAAAGACGGCUUUUUGAAGCUUGGAGAUUUCAACCGUGCGGAAGUAAUGAACUUCAACUCGACCAGCGGCGAGUACUGCAAGUACCAGAACGGUCCAGGUUUCGGAAAUUAUCGGUCACCUGAAGAGUUCGCCGAUAUGCCACUGAAUGAGAAAAUUGACAUUUGGAGUUUUGGAAACAACAUUUACGCUUUGCUGACUGGGCUUUGGGUGUUCUAUGAAAAUGAGGAUGACGAAGUCGUUCACAAGCAGCUCAUUGAUGGAAAAACUUCGUUCAUUGACCCACGGUACAAGAGGCGAUCGUACCCAGAAUCGCAAUUGGUGAAGCUUUUAGAACAGUGUUGGCAGUAUAAUCCAGAUGACCGGCCAAGUAUUUUUGAAUUGAUUGAUCAGCUGCGCAACGCUGUGUCAGAAAAUAUUCGGUUGAAAGGCCCGGGAAUGGACGAGGCCCCACCAUUGGACACCGAUUAG